UCCCGCUCAGCCUGCCGCUAUUUAGCAUCAUCUGGUCAAUGGAUUAUACAGUUUCCCUUCAAGUGCAACAUCAGCUGACAUUGUUCCCGACACACGUGUACCAGGGCUACAGUUUGGAGUUACAGAUGAAGUCAACAGAGGUGGACCAAGGGCUUUUCACAGACAGCUACUGCAAAGUGUGCAGCGCUCAGCUCAUCUCUGAGUCCCAGAGGGUUGCCCAUUAUGAGAGUCGGAAACACGCCAACAAAGUUCGACUGUAUUACAUGCUACAUCCCGUGGAUGGAGGCUGCCCUGCCAAGAAGCUCAGAACAGACAAUGGCAGCGAGGAGGGCGACGUGGACAAGAACAAGUGCUGCACGCUGUGUAACAUGUCCUUCACCUCAGCAGUGGUGGCACAGUCACACUACCAGGGUAAAAUCCACGCCAAGAGGCUAAAACUGCUACUGGGGGAGCAGCCCGCCAUCACAGCCAAAGAGGUGCCCCCCAGUCCUGUGAAGAGCUCCCCAGAAACGACCCUCAUGACCUCUCCGCGAGAGCGCCGGGACUCGGACCGCUACUGCCAGCUAUGCAAUGCCUGGUUUAACAACCCUGGCAUGGCUCAGCAACACUAUGAUGGCAAAAAGCACAAGAAGAACGCUGCCAGGGCAGACCUGCUGGAGCAGCUGGGCAAGACCCUGGACAUGGGUGAGAUGAAAGGUCUGAAACGAAGCUAUACCUGUGAAGUCUGCAGCGUCACGCUGAAUUCGGUGGCACAGUACCAUGCACACCUGCAGGGUUCAAAGCACCAAAACAACCUGAAGAAUCAGAUAUGUGUCCAGUGAACGUUGGGUGACGAUGAAAACCAACCAUUGGAUUGAUGUCAGACAAGCUGGUGGUCAGCUUGCCCUGCUUCUUCUGCCUCUGCCCCGCCUCCUCGCUCUCCUCCACAUCAUCUCUGUUUCUCUCUCUCUCUCUAUCUCUCUUCUGUCUUUCACUCUGUCUGUUUUCGGCCGCCCCGCCACAGAGGAAAAGAAAGAGAUUUUGUAAACCACUCUAGCACUGCAUCAGCUCUCCCACCCAUCGAUAGACAGCACUGCUUAGACACAGUUCCUCCGCUUUUUCCGCAGUUCCAUCGCUGGCCACUCUGAAAACCAUCGACCUUUGACAUUCAACUGCAGCUGUGUACUGGGUGUUUUUGUAAAGAUGCCAUGUCAGUCUGACAGUAUGAAAGUGGAUUUGACACACGGCAGCCUCUCGAAAAAUGCAUGGACUAAAUUCUAACUUACUCUCCAUAAGACGGUAAGAGAGAGGAAGACUGUACUCUCAGUGGAAAUUUGACUGGAGGAUGUGAGGGUUUUGUCUUUCUUUUUUUUUUUUUUUGUUAAUUCUACGCAACCUCUGUUUGCUUCUAUUUAAAUGAUGUGGAACAUCUUUAUUUGAAGAUAAAGGUAUGUCAUUUAGCAUUUGUGACUGGAGUAAAUCUACGAGUUAAAAAAAAAAAAAAUCCUACACACAAAUAUAGCUUAAUUUUAAUUUAAGUUUUUAGCACACACAUCCCUAGUGGAGCUAAAUCCCCUUGUGUCUUAAAGGGUUGGUACAACAAAAGGAGAAGGAGGAGGAUGCAUGUUUCAGCAGGAGGUGCAGGCCACCGAGCAGACACAGUUCAGUUAAAAACAAAGGAAAGCCGCACACUCCAGUUCUUUUACUGAGGUUGAAACAAUCAACCAGGCAAAGGCUUCUUCGGGUUUUCAAGACACAAGAUAAACACACAUGUAUUUAUAGGAUAGAAUCAGGUAGAGCUGUGGCUACGAGGUCAUACAUUGAAGGACCAUUCCAGUGAUUCUGCAUAUUUUGCAUAAUGUCUGCAAAAUGUGUAUACUUUUUUCCUCCCUUUCAUCCAGCCAUUGGUUUCCAUUAAUUCUACUAUUAUAUUUUAUAAAAAGAAAAUUCAGACACUUAAGACUUUCUUCACAGCAGUAUUCCAUCCCCAUAAUAAAGUCAUGCACAUUAGUUUUCGUAAAAGCAGCAGCACUGCUGUGUUUUGAUGACUUGAUAAUGGGCGGAGUGACACGGCCACUCCAUCAGAAAAUAGUCCAUGGGGAGAGGUUUGCUCAAUACAGCCAAUUAUCAGUUCUGUGGUUUAUGAAUGGAAAUGCCUUUGUUAGCUGCAGAGGCAGAACAUUAGGAGGUGGGGGUUGUAAAUGGGCCAAACAUUUAAAAUCACUCAUACGCUCCUUUACACAACCAUUGUCACUGUUCGUUUCAUUGGACGCUACAUCAUAUUCACCAAGCAGCAGUUGCAGGGAACAAUUUGUUUAAAUAAACAACAUACAAAUGCGUCAAGUUCCUUUUGUUAGACUGAUUAUAAGGUUAAUACAUUAAAAAGUCCAUAUUUCAUGAUAAUAUGAAACACAA